AUGGAGCAGGCUUCUCCAAUACAUGAAGCGGCUCAAAACUGCUUUAUCAGCUUCGACACACUGCUUGAACAAUUCCCGAAGGAGGAACUGUACCGUAACGCGGUAGAGGACAACCAUAUACGCUUCCGGAUCUGGGCUGGCAACCUGGGUGCUGGGCAGCGGUUGCCAUCACGAGCUUCCGCAGAUUAUCGGUUACGAGAAGCUCCAGAGGUAGCCCAGCGGAUACUAGAAGUGCUCGAGGACAUCUGCGAGACACACGAUGAGCUUAAAGCCGCCGUGCUCGAAAACCACCCGGUUGUUGACGACGGCGAAGAGGACGGCUCGGAGGGAGAUGUGAUCCAGGAUCUAUGCCUUUCAGUAGGCGACAGCAUCACCAGUCUGUUGAAGAUAUCAGCUCUGCUUAGGAAAGCCACCACUAGAGACCGCUACGCCAUUGCAGCAGCUUCGAAGCACGAUGUCCUGCCGUUGGAGUACGCUUCGUUUGACCGGACCCAUGUCAACGAGAAGUUACCCAAGGUUACCCAGCAGCCAUGGCUUUGGACACGUCUGGCAGAGGCUAUCACGCAGCGGCGUAGAUUCCUGAGAUAUGCCCAGCGUCACCACAGGCGGAUUGCAGACCGUCGUCCACCAGAAGGAGCUUUACGUUUGGAACCGCAGCAUCCAGCGCCUCGCAUUUCAUAUCCUCAUUCUCACGGUCACACUCUGGCUACCGCCGGUGUCUCCACUAAAGCAUCUACGCUGCAGGCUGACAGAGUUGAAGCUAUGGCCUUUAUGAAUCUGGAUGACGACGAGCACGACAAUAUCUCGGUGGCCACAACCUUCAUAUCAACAGCCUCCGGCAAGGAGUCUACUCGAUCUCAAGUGGUGAAGCUAGAGAGCUUGACAAAAGACCAUGAGCCUUUUGAGUGUCCUUAUUGCCGCGGCAUGGUCCACUUCAAGAGUCAGAAGGCCUGGCGAAAGCAUGUCUUCCGCGACUUGAGAGCCUAUGUAUGUACCUCUCGUGACUGCGACUCUGGUCUUUUCGAAGACAAAUCAGCCUGGUUUGAUCAUGAACUGGAAUCGCACUGGCGAGUGUGGAUAUGCCUUGCUUGCUCCAGCAAGACCUCACACUCCAGAUCUGAAUUCGAAGCACAUCUGCAGAAGGUCCAUGGAUACACAGAUACCAGGGUCACUGCAAGUAUCUCGAACGCCAGCUCUCGCCCUGUGGCUGAGAUCAUCUGCACAGCUUGUCCAUGUUGUGACGACUGGCCCGAACAGCUCGGCAUACCAUCGGAGCAGCGGGACACCACAGCAGUAUCUCUAAAUAUGUUCAGACAACAUCUCGGCAGCCAUCAGGAGCAGCUAGCCUUGUUUGCGAUCACGUCGGACUUCGAGAAAGAAGUAGACUCUGAUUCGAGUAGUGAUGCUUCUGGGCUGUACAAGGAAGAGGCCCUUCUUGAGUGGCAAAACCACGUCAAUCAGACGGAUUGGGAGAUCGAGGAGACAGAGUUCGAGUGUCCCGUGUGCCACGAUAUCGUCACGGGUCCGGCCGCCCCGUUGCCUUGUGGUGACACUAUGUGUCGCAAGUGCUUCGCCCAGGUCACAGACCUUGCCGACGGGAUUCGGAAUCGCAGCGAUAUCAAUCGCAGCGCGGAAUGCCCGACCUGUGGCGCACCGAUCGUCUCGCUCGGGAAGCAAGGUUACCAUCUUGGGGCCAGCGACGAGAUCAGCUGUAUAUGUGGGUACACGGACGAGGAUGGAGGGUUGGUUGCGUGCAACUCGUGCAGCAGUUGGCAGCAUCAUGGGUGUUACUACCCGGGAUAUGAAGGCACAACGCUGCCAAAUUUUCUCCAGUGGCAGCAUUACUGUUUCGACUGCCGACCUCGAGACGGAGCCGACAUUGACAUUGGAGGAGCGCGUGACCGGCAAGCAAACAGGAGGAAGGCCGAGAUCGCUGGUCAAGGAAGUCAAGAGCCAACUGUGACAAAGUCGCCUCCAGGUCCUUCGCUGAGAAUGCCUAGCAAUGCCAGGGAGCAGGCAGAACUCGAAGCCGAGGCCCAGACCGAUCACGGCGAUGUACAGAUGGAAGACAGACAUAUCGGUGAUCGCCUACAAAACAUCAUCGCAAAUCAGACAUUGGAGCAAGCGCACGAUUCCCAAAGCGUAGAUCCUUCGAAGAAAGAUGGCAGUAUUGCACCUCACAGGCCGUCGUUGAUGACUGCAGUGGUGGACGAGGAAGAACAAGAAGAAGACACUGUCCUUCCACCUCACGCCCUCGAAAAGGAGCCACUCAUGAAUGACAAUCCACUGAUCACCGAGUAUCUUCUUUCACGCAGCGUGGUCGUGACCCUGAAGGAAGCGCUGUUAGGAGCUGUCACGACUGGCGCUUCUGCCUCAAAUGGUUCCGCGCCAAAAGAGCGGCUUCGAGGUGCAUGGGAGCGGCUCGAAGCAGCUCGACAAGCUUGUGAGGAUGCUGGCGUCGACGCAGAUGGCCUUUGGGAAGCCGGCUAUCGGGCUGCCUAUACGUCUGGGGAAUACCUCGAACCAGGACGAAGGAUAUCACGAAGCCCAGCUUUUGACCACGAUCUGCCACCCGACCACAUCAGAGUCCUCUCACGUGCGCUCUUCGUUGGCGGCGCUGGUGAUACCCAACACCAACAAGAGAUUCAAGACCUAUUUGGAGGCUAUGGUACGGUGCAGAAAUGUAUAGCGGACCGCGAUAAGCGCCUGGCUUUCGUGAAGAUGACCACACGUGAGCACGCCGUUAAUGCCAAAGAAGACUUGCAGCGUCUCGUGAUUAUGGGUGUUGCUCGCAGAAUCAAGUGGGGUAUCGGUUUCGGUCCAAGGAACUACCACAACUAUUACAAAGGCGAAAGUAUCGUUCCAAUCGUGGAGCUUACCGACGCUGACAUCGAAAGGCUUAUUUCCGCUGAGUAUGGCGGCACAGGGGGCCAGCCAGUCAGAAGCGGCAUGGUACUCGAGGAGCCCGACAUGGUACCUGGAGGCUUCAGCAACGUGGUGUCUACGAGCGAGACCACGCCGGAGCAGCCCGACUUGCGCGAGCUGGACAUUGCACGGUCUUCUUCUCUAGAGCGACAGGAUCCAGCGGCCAGGACGACAGAUGACUUGCUUCUUGCUGAAUACUGCAAGAGACGCGAUGAAGCCCUUGCGGCGCGAAGUCAACUUGAUGAAUGGUUAUCACGUUGGACCAAUCGACGAGUUCCUUUUCAAUACUCGCGUUACAGCCAAAGGCAUCUGGCGCUUGAGAAAGCAUGUUACGAUGCCGACUUGGCCGCUCGAGAAGCUUGGAAAGCAUGCAGCAACGCAAAUAUCAGCGCUGCUUCUCUCCCCCAGGCAGCCUGGGGCUUCAAUGUUUACAAAUCGAUUGAUUGCAGCAGAGUCAGCUGUCCAAGGUGGUUCGCCAGCAAGGAUACAUUGGAGAAUCACCUGUCUAAUGUCCAUGAAACCGACGAGAAUGGAAACACACGGCUGGCCGAAGCAUGUAAGGCCAACGAUCUGGACGCUGUCCGCAUGUGGAUGGAUCAAGACGCUGAGCAGCUCGAGAUGGUAAACAUGUUCGGUUGCGGCCCGCUGCACAUUGCUGCAUUGAAUGGCUACCCGGCGAUCGUCUCCUUCUUGCUGGACCUCGGAUGCAAUAUUCACGUUGCGAACGACAACGGAGACACGCCUAUGACCGAUGCAAUCGAAAACGGGCAGGGAGCGGUAGUGGAACUUAUCCUUGAUGCCGCUAUCAAUCCAUUACGGCGGGCUGCAAGAGGUCAGCUUUCUGUCGAUGUGGAUUACGAGGGUCAUGUUCACGCUCCAGUUAUUCGUGCGGAGCUCAAGGCUGCUAUCAACAGGUUGCACGACGCUGAAAGCGACGGACGCGACGACAGCAGUUUGCGCAGCGGACGCUUACACUUGCGUUGGACUGAGGCGAAUGGCGUGAGAUGA